AAAAAAAAAUUGCAUUCUUUCACUCCACUCUCUAACUCCGAGUCCAUUUCCCAGUUCCAUCCAAUUGAUUUCUCUCUCACCCGACUUCAAUUAAAUCCCAAAGUUUCCAUCUUUAAAGAAAAAUCUGGCAAAUUUGUUGCACAAAAAAAUGGGAUUAUUUGAUCUUGAGAAAAACUUCGCAUUUUAUGGCGCAUAUCACAGCAACCCAGUUAAUAUUUUGAUUCAUAUGUUGUUUGUUUGGCCACUUUUCUUCACUAUUCUAAUGCUAUUGCACUUUGUACCCAUGUUUUUUUUACCUAAUUUUGCAGUAUUUGUAACUCUAGCUUAUUCAGUGUUCUAUGUGGGUAUGGAUAAAAAAGCUGGAUCUUUGGCUGCUCUUCUCUGUUUCCUCUGUUUGUUUGGAGCUUCUUCUUUUGCCAAUCAUCUUGGCUAUUCUUUGACUUGGAAGGUUGUUUUGGCAGCUCAAUUGUUUGGUUGGACUGCACAGUUCUUGGGUCACGGAAUAUUCGAGAAACGCGCUCCUGCUCUUUUGGACAAUCUCGUACAAGCCUUCUUAAUGGGUCCUUAUUUCGUGUUACUCGAGGCUCUUCAGCAAUUCUUCGGGUAUGAACCAUAUCCAGGAUUUGAGUCAAAGGUGAAAGAUAUGGUGCAAGCUGAAAUUAAAGUAUGGCAAGAGAUCAAGAAACAUAAGAAAUCAUCCUAAUUAAGCUUUUGAAUUCACAAUUAUCUAAAAGUGUGAACAACAUGAUAUUCAAUUGAUUGUCUUUAUACACUUGUAUUGUACAUAUUUCUAACUGUCAAAUCAAUCCAAACAAAGUUCACCUGGAAACGUAACAAGAAAGGAAACACUGGCUCUGUUUUGUUCA